CAGAAUGUAACUCCAAGUGAGUUUAAAAACUUUAACUGAAUUGUUUUAUCAUGCAUGGUACCAAGGAGGAGCUUGAGUUAGUCGAAAGGAAAGAAAUGAUUGCAACUUCAACAAGGCACCACAAGAUGUCACACUAAUCCUUGUACUUUGUACAACCUGGAAAAUCAAUUAAUAUACUCUAAACAAAAUAAGGGCUUCAGGGAACAUUAAUAAGGAGUGAACCAAACCCAACCCCGGGACAACAUGAAUAUACUGUUGGAAUUGUUGCUCACACAUGUUUUCACAUCUGCUUUGAUCUUCAACUUUCACCCUCAGGGGUUUGAUUUCCUGCUUUCCUAAACACGAACAUAAAGCUGCUCUGUAUCUGAAGAAAAGACUUCGACAGUGAGGCCAGUGGAGAGACAAAAACAUGAGCAGGAACGUCCAGACACGAUGAGCUCCGCAGGGGAGACUACCUGAUGUCCAACAAUGGACAGUGGAAGGCUAUUUUCCAGGAUGAUGGCAACUUUGUUAUCUAUGGCUGGAAGCCUACGUGGGCUUCGGACACCUGGGGAUCAGACAUGAUCCGCCUGUGCAUGCAGGCAGACUGCAACCUGGUCAUGUACAGCCAGUGUGACACAGCCGAAUGGCACACAAACUCUGCCAAGCCCAGCUGUAACAUGUGCCGUCUUCAGCUGACUGAUGAUGGCAACCUUGUGCUGUACAAGGACUCUAAAGAGAUUUGAAACUCUG